CGCCAUACGCGGGGGCGGGGCCGCGUUCCGUCCCCGCGGGCCGCAGAGGCCGUUGGUGCCAUGGCGGGCGCCGAACGGAAGAAGCACGUUCGGUUCGCCGCUGCGGCGGCCGAGCCGGGGCUCCCCGCCGCGCCGCGCCCCGAGGUGGCCGUCGUCGGCGGCGGCAGCUGGCGGUGCGGCCGGGGCGGGGAGGGAGCCGCGCUGCGCUGGUGCAUCUCCGUGGCGCUGUGCGCGGCUUUCCUGGGGCUGGGGAUGAGCAUCGCGGUGCUGGGACCCACCUUCCCGAACCUGGCCGCCAACGUGCACAAGAACGUCAGCGACAUCUACUACAUCUUCGUGGGCCGGUCCCUGGGCUACCUGGGCGGGUCGGUGCUCGGCGGGCUGCUCUUCGACUGCAUGAACGCCCGGCUCCUGCUCGCAUUAUCCAUGUUUGGAACAACGGUUGGUCUUUAUGGGAUACCCUGGUGUAAGAAAUCUCUGCUGUUGACUGUUCUGAUGUCAGUUAUUGGAGCUGCCAUGGGAAUUCUAGACACAGGUGGCAACGUACUGGCACUGAACACCUGGGGAGCGGAGGCUGGGCCACACCUGCAGGCCUUACACUUCAGUUUUGCUGUCGGUGCGUUUGUGGCUCCCAUCCUGGCUAAAAUGGCCUUGGGAGGCUCCGAAUCAAAGGACCUUGCAGCAGCUGAAAAGACAAACCAGUCUGUCGUGAGGUCUGUGCCGACAGCGUCAGCUGCAUCAGCUGUGUCGGCACUGAAACACCAUCUUGGUGUGGAUUUUUUGUGGUCUUAUGUUGUCAUAGGGACCUAUCUUCUGUUUGUUUCUUUCUUCUUUUUUAUUUUGUAUUCAAAGGGCAGCUCAGCUCGAGACAAAUCAAAGGCUUCUUUGCAGAAGAGCACGUUUGCCAAAUACCACUAUGCCCUUAUUCUUCUCCUUUUCAUAUUCUUCCUCUGCUACGUGGGAGCGGAGGUCACUUACGGCUCUUACAUAUUUACUUACGCAAAGGUCUUUGCGGAGAUGAAAGAAAACGAAGCGGCUGCUUUGAAUUCCGUCUUCUGGGGCGCGUUUGCCGCUUGCAGAGGAGUGGCGAUAUUCUGUGCCGCUUGCUUGUACCCUGGCACCAUGAUCCUGCUGAGCCUCGCGGGCUCUGCCGUCUCCUCGUCCUGCUUGGCCGCCUUUGCGAGGCACCCGGCCUCCCUCUGGGUCGGGACCACCAUGUACGGAGCGUCGAUGGCCACCAUCUUCCCCAGCGGCAUCGCCUGGAUAGAACAGUACACGGUCGUGCAAGGGAAGUCGGCAUCUCUCUUUGUGAUCGGCGCAGCGCUGGGCGAGAUGUGCAUUCCUGCCGUGGUGGGCUAUCUCCAGGGCAGGUUUCACCGUGUCCCGGUGCUCAUGUACACUGCCCUGGGGACUUCUGCCGUGACAGUUCUGCUCUUCCCGCUGAUGUACAAGUUGGCCAGGUGUCCUGGUGACAGCGACUUGAAAGAACUGACUGAGAACGAGGACCGGAAAGCUUUGUUGUCGAACUCGGGGCUUAAUGAGGAUGAAGAGGAUGAGGAGGAUGCGGGACAGUGGAACGAAGCAGACUUUGAGGUAAUAGAAAUGAACGACACGCUGAGAAACUCUGUGAUAGAGACCUCCCGUAAGAUACCAGGGGACUCUCCAGCCAAAGUCCCUCUCCAGCCCCGUCUGGAUGAUGCAUUGAGCGAUUCUCCAGGGGCUACUGGUGGCUCCCCCGGGAGAAAAAACUUGAGUGUUGACCGGGAGAAGAAUGACUAAAGUAAACGCUGACUUUUCGUUAUUUUUAAGGGAAAUGCAAUUGAAUUGUAGCUGUUGUCAUAAAGGGAUUCGAGGAUCCUUUUAUAGCGGCGUGGAGCUCAGCGUGUUCAUUUCUGUUUGUCCGGCCCUUUCUCCCAGUUUCAGUCUGCAGGAUGUGCUUCGGAGCGGGGAAAGUCCACUGUGCCGUGAAUGGGUAAUGUGAUAAAAUGUACAGAUUGCAUCGAAAAUGUUAAAAGAUGAGGCAUGCAUUUAAUAUAUGUUGUAAUAAGAAGUAACUAGGAAAGAAGGGGGCGCACAGACCACUCGUGUUUUUGGGGUGGGUGAAGGGUGCAGUGCCAAGGUGCUUGGUCACAAAAUGUUUUCAUGAGAGAGGAGAGAAAUCAGUUACCUGCGCUGCUGAACUUUCUUACCUUUUGAAAGAGGGAUGUUUCUACUGCGUUUAAAGUUUGUGUGUGAUGUAAGCCAGGAAAUAAGUCAAAUUUUGGGUGAUACCCAGCAGCCGUAAAUCAGAUAUUGGCAAACUAUAAUUUCCUGGUUCUGUUGCUAAGAUGAGAAAAAAAAUAAAGAUUAAUGUUUAGGAGUGGACUGAUGCUUUUGUGUCAGUUAAAAGCGGUUUACAGGAAGGGGGACAAAACGGGUCAUAUGAAUCAGCUAUAAAGCCUAGCUCUGAUUUACUAGUUAAACAGUGAUGAUAAAUCUAAAGAGUCUCAAGUACUUGUGAUUGUAUUUGUGAUUUUAAUUACUGCACUACCAUGAAAAUCAAGAAAUGUAUGAAGACGAUAAUACCGUAUGUUAAGCAAUCUGUUUAAAUAUAAUUUUGGCAUAGGGCUGUGGUAUUUUUAAGCCAGUUGUUUAAAUUAAGGUUAUAACAACUUUUCUGGCUUCCUGUGCCAAGACUUUACCGUAAUGAUGUGUUGAAAUGAAAGUGUGAACAUGAGAGGGAGUGAUGGAUGAGACGAUCCUUUCAGGUUGUACAUCAUGAUCACCCGCCCCGUACCAUUUGGGUUUUGUUUCUCCGGGUGGUGACGUGCGGGCUCUGCCCAGCGGAGCAGCAGUGAGCAGGAAGACCUGGGAAGGACCAGUCACACCACUGAGCCCUCCAGUGAGCAAAAAAGCAGCAGCUCAUGACAAAAUCGGACUCUGGAACAGGAGUCUAGUAAUUUGCCUACCUGAAACUCCACAUUGUAGGUGAUUUUUUUAAAGCUGUUUGAUCAGAAUGUGCUUGUUUGGGGUUUUUUUACUUUGCACUUUUGUUAGUAUUUUUCUUGCUAAAAAGUUUAAUUAACAGAAGAGCUCUAGACGUGACAUAGCACAGAAUCUUAGAUGUACAGUGUGUUAUCAGGUCUGGUUUUGUUCCCUUUCUUGUCCUCCGAGUGUGCAACCUAGAACCUCGUGGCUUUUUCCUCCUGAGAGGUUGGUAAGAAGCAGGAAUCAGCUUGUAGUGAAAAAGGUGGCGGUUUUUUGUCCUUUUUUUUUUGCACCUUGCCAUGUUGAAGGGUUUUCCUCUGCCCUUGGCACAUAAACACCAUUGUGGUUUUGCCUGAUUCCCUUUUUUCUUUGUGUGUAUGUGCACUUCUGUGGCAACUUUCCCAGUGCAAUGCAUGAACCUGCACUUUAACACAUGGCCUUGUUUCACGUGCUACGCAAGGCUUCUCCUCUUUGCUCAAAGUCAUGCGAAAUGCUUUUCAAUAUCAGACCCAAUCCUGUUCUGGGUGCCUGUGACAGCAUUUGUAGGGCCGCAAUUCUGUGGCACCUUCCUCUGUACCUGCAGCCCGUGGGCUUUGAGGGUGAUGUAAAAACAUUUCCCCCAUAUUUCCAGAUGAAAAUUUGUUUAAGAAACACACCUGGCAACCAGGAAGUUUGAAAAUAAUUCUCCAAUUGAUGUGCUAAUUUUUGGUAUGAAAUUCCAGAUUGCAAUGUCCUGCAUGUAAGAUUGUUCUCAGGGAUAGUUUAUGCAUCUUGCAUAACCAAGUACUAAAAAAAUAAAACCACCAAAAAAAUCACCACCAAACAACAAAAAAUGAAAUUAAAGCUGCAUUAUUAAAUAUCCUCUAACCUCUUUGAACCAUAUCUACUUAUUGCUUAUAUAUAUAUGCAUUACUUUGUUGUGUUUCUGACUAAUGCCUUCCCAACAAACAUAAAGAUACUGUGCAAAACAUUGAUUUUUUAAUUUAACUUCAUUUUUAUUUUAUUUUUACUGGCUCUAUUGAUUCAUCUGUGAGUCAUUUGAAUUCAUCCCCAUUUUCCCUUUUAAAAGCCAGAGGCAGGUUGGGCUGCCGAGGGAGGAGCAGCCUUUUGCCAAAAGUAACAGAUCCAGAAAGCAGCGGCAGGAAGACAGAGUGGAGCUCCCACAGUUAUCUUGCAUGAUACCCUGUGGAAUCGUGUGAGUGAUGUGUAGGGGCCCUUGCCUGGAUGAUGACUAAAUUUUAAGUCAGCGAGUACUUAGAGCCUUCAGUGUCUUAAUUCUGGUCUCGCAAAAGGAAUGUACUUGUAGAACUUGUUCUCCUUGUCCCCCAAAAUUGUGCUUUUAAUAAGGGGGGCUGCCCUUUAAUGAAAAUGAACUGUUUGAAGCAAUUAAAACAGAUCUAGGCCAUUUCCAAUGACAAGUCCAGCUCACAGCAGUUCUAGACAUCUUGAUGUUCAAGGCUGUAGCUUUCCUAGUUCUUGGAGUUUGGUGUUUCUCAAGGCUUGUUUUUAAACAAGGAACAUGAGUUUUGACAUGUUUAAAUUGCUUCAGUGUAGUUAAAGUGCAGAUCUAUUUACAGUGCAGCUCUAGUUACAGCGCUUUUUAAGUUGCAGAUCCUCCGGAAAGCUUAAACACUUAACCUGACAUGUUACAGGUUGAAAUUGCUUAAGGUGAGCUGUAUGACUUCACCGUUGCCUUGUUGAUGCCAGAAAAGUCAUCUGUGUUGAGGACAGGAGCUGCGCCCCGUGGAUUAGAUAUCUGCAUUUAAUGAGAAUCCUGGUUUUGUCCCUAAAACCAGGAACAGAUUGAAGAUGAGCACUUGCUCAUUCACUCCAGGGUUAAAGGCAGCCUCCUGCAGGUAGCUGUCGGUUAGUAUUUUUCUUUAUCCCUGACGCGCUGCCCAAGGCUGGAUUGUACCCCUGCGUUUGCACUUUUAUUCUGUACAUGGCCAAUGCUGGAAUGCAAGAGUAGGUCAAGUUUUGUGCCUUGAUUUUAUUUUUUGUUUGUUUUAGUUACUUUGCAUAAGAGCACAUUGCAAUCUGUGGAUGUUCUGUUGUAUAUUUAAGAGUUUUUAUUCUGCUCGGUGUGGGUUUUCAUUGUACUUGAUAAUGUGAAAUUUAACAGAGUGACUUGUAUCUUGAAUGUAAUAAGUUCUGAACUGGAGAAGGCACUCAGGUUCCUUGAUGUAAAUAAAGUUUUGUUCUAUUUUUCAAAGCUA